CCCGUCCAUUGUUGCCAGAUUGGGCCAGACACUGGCUGCAAAUCUGGCCCAAUCUGGCAACACUGGCCAAUGGGAUCGCAAACACACCACGGUCCAAACCCCGGAUAAUAGGCUGGAUCACAGAAUGGGAUUUGAUUCAGACACAUGCUCGGACGCGCAACUAGUGAACAAGUAAAACGACAGUUUUACGGGGCAGAGGCCUACAGUUUACCAUGGCACUCUGAACUCUGACCUUUGGUGACCUGGCGAGGAGAAGGAGGUAGGAGGUGGAGGUGGAGGAGGGGGAGGAGAAGGAGGAGGAGGAAGGAGGUCAGUUACCCUGGGAGGAAGGAGGAUAGGAAAGAACCCAGUGUGAGACUGACGUCGGCCACAGCCCUGCUCCUCUAUCCAGUAACCAACGCCCUCCUAGCCUCAAUCCCUCCCCCACACAGAGGCUGACGUUAUGGGCAACACAGCCACCAAGUUCCGCAAGGCCCUGGUGAGCGGAGACGAGGCCCUGGCCUGGCAGCUCUACGAGGGGAACCCCCAGUUCAGGGAGGGCCUGGACCCCAACGCCUCGUACGGGGAGCCAUACCAGCACAACACCCCGCUGCACUACGUCUGUCGCCACGCCAUGACGCGGCUCCUCAGGUCCUUCCUGUUCAGCAAGGAGGGGAACCCCAACAAGCGCAACCUGCACAAUGAGACCUGCCUCCACGUGCUGUGCCAGGGCCCGCAGAUCCUGCUGCUGCCAGAGGGGGCGCUCUCCCCGCGCCUUGCCCGGCCCCAGAGGGACGAGCAGCGACGGGCCGACAGCCUGCAGAUGAUCCUGAGCUGGACGGGGGCCAGGCUAGGCAGGGGCCAGUAUGAGAGGGCCAAUGUCAACGCAACCGACAACCACCACAGCACCUGCCUCCACUACGCGGCGGCGGCGGGCAUGAAGAGCUGUGUGGAGCUGCUGGUGCAGAACCAGGCGGAUCUGUUCGUGGAGGACGAGGAGCGCCUGACGCCGUGUGACCACGCCGAGCGCCAGCAGCACACGGAGCUGGCCCUCAGCCUUGAGUCCCAGAUGGUCUUCUCCUCCUCCUCCUCCUCCUCCUCGGCCCAGGAGGCGCACGCCGACUCCUGCCUGAUCCCCAGAAAGGAGCCCUACGAGGGUCUGAAGCUGCAGGACCUGCGGCGGCUGAAAGACAUGCUGAUCGUGGAGACGGCGGACAUGUUGCAGGCUCCCCUCUUCACAGCAGAGGCGCUGCUCCGAGCACACGACUGGGACCGGGAGAAGCUUCUGGAGGCGUGGAUGUCGGACGGGGAGGGCUGCUGCCAGCGGUCGGGCGUGGCCAUGCCCACGCCACCGCCCAGCGGCUACAACGCCUGGGACACCCUGCCCUCCCCCCGCACGCCCAGGACCCCCCGCUCCCCCCUCACCCUCACCCUCACCUCACCCACAGACAGCUGCCUCACCCCGGCGGAGGAGGCCAUGGCCACGUGUGGGAUCUGCCUGUGCUCCAUCUCCGUGUUCGAGGACCCCGUGGACAUGUCCUGUGGCCACGAGUUCUGCCGGGCCUGCUGGGAAGAGUUUCUGAACAUUAAGAUCCAGGAGGGGGACCACAACAUCCUGUGUCCAGCGUUCGGCUGCUACCAGCUGGUUCCUGUCCAGGUGAUCGAGAGCAUCGUCUCCAGGGAGAUGGACCAGAGAUAUCUGCAGUUUGACAUUAAGGCCUUUGUGGAGAACAACCCAGCCAUCCGCUGGUGCCCGGCGGUGCGCUGUGAGCGGGCCGUCCGGCUCUCCCGGCCGGGCCCCGGGGACAGCGACCCCCACAGCUUCCCUCUGCUGCCCUCACCUGCCGUGGACUGUGGCAAGGGACACCUGUUCUGCUGGGAGUGCCUUGGUGAGGCCCAUGAGCCCUGUGACUGUGAGACCUGGAGGAAGUGGCUCCAGAAGGUUACGGAGAUGAGGCCCGAGGAGCUGGCGGGCGUGGGCGAGGCCUAUGAGGACGCUGCUAACUGCUUGUGGCUGUUGACCAACUCCAAGCCCUGUGCCAACUGCAAGUCGCCCAUUCAGAAGAACGAGGGCUGCAACCACAUGCAGUGUGCCAAGUGCAAGUAUGACUUCUGCUGGAUCUGUCUGGAGGAGUGGAAGAAGCACAGCUCUUCGACGGGGGGCUACUACCGCUGCACCCGCUAUGAGGUCAUCCAGCAGCUGGAGGAGCAGUCCAAGGAGAUGACCGGAGAGGCAGAGAAGAAGCACAAGAGUUUCCAGGAGCUGGACCGCUUCAUGCACUACUACACUCGCUUAAGGAACCAUGAGCACAGCUACAAGCUGGAGCAGAAAUUGCUGAAAACCGCCAAAGAGAAGAUGGAGCAGCUGAGCAGAGCAUUCAUUAGCCGUGAGGGGACGCCUCCGGACACGCGCUUCAUCGAGGACGGGGUGAGCGAGCUGCUGAAGACGCGCCGGGUGCUGAAGGUCUCAUACCCUUACGGCUUCUUCCUGACGCCCGGUAGCACGCAGAAGGAGAUCUUUGAGCUCAUGCAGACGGACCUGGAGAUGGUGGUGGAGGACCUGGCCCAGAAGGUGAACCGGCCGUACCUGAGGACACCAUGCCAUAAGAUCAUCAGCGCAGCGCGGCUGGUGCAGCAGAAGAGGCAGGAGUUCCUGGCCUCCGUAGCGCGCGGUGUGGCCCCCAACGACUCCCCCGAAGCCCCCCGCAGGAAUUACCCAGGAGGUUCGUGGGAUUGGGAGUACCUGGGCUUCGCCUCACCGGAGAUGCUGACUCGUCACUCUGUACUGGGAGGAGGGGAUCCAAGAGAGAGGCAGUCCCAGGAGUACGCUGACCUCCAGUACCGACGGCGGCAUCGCCAGCGUCGCCGUGGCGAUAUGCUGAGUCUACACAGUCUGCGGAGCGGCAGCAACACGCCAGAGACGGGCCGGAGGAGCGACAGCUCUGAGGGACUAGAGAGGAGCGAGAGCAGAAGACGAGCCCUGGGCUCCCUGGACGACGAGGACCCCAACAUCCUGCUGGCCAUCCAGCUCUCCCUGCAGGAGUCCCGCAGGGAGAGGAGCCUGGGUCCCCUGGAGGGAGGAGGAGGAGGAGGAGGAGGAGGAGGAGGAGGAGGAGGAGGAGGAGGGGGGGAGGAGGAGGAGGAGGAGGAGGAGCGCCAGGAGCUGGAUGUCAGGAGAAUGGUGAUGGAGGGAGGAGAGGACCUCAGACUGGGUCUCGGUGUUAGCCUGGCAGGCAUGCUAUCCGCCUCCGAAAGCCUAGAGGCUGACGGGGCGCUGGGACCCCCCCGCGGCCCCCCUACCUACCCCACCUCCCGUCUCAGCGCCCCCCGCCCCCCAACCAGGACAGACUCUGCCCACCAGCUUCCCCCACCCUCCACCUCCUCCAUCACCCCCCUCCCUCUCCCCCCGCCUCCCCCUGCCCUAUGUGCUGAGCUGCUGGAGCUGGGGAACGUGACCGCGCCCUACGGGGGGCCGGCUCAGGGAGCGCCGCCGCCGCCCCUGCAUCACACACGGGACCACUGCGAGCUAGCCGUCGGCCCCAACAUACUGACCGUCCAGCACCUGCUUGACCACAUGGCCGCCGCCGCCGGGCCCUGCGGCGCCGGCCAACGAGAUCAGACUUACCGUCUGGUGGCGGGCGACCACUCUGAACGCACUCCCAGACGCACCGCCCCCAGUGCCCCAGAACGCCUCCCUGCCGCUUGCCCCCCUGCCCAGCUGUGCCUCCCCUCCCCGGGGACGGAGCCGGAUCUCCUGGUGUCCCCCGUCAUCCCCCCGGGCGGGGCCUUCACCCCCAGCGACCCCCAGAGCCUGGAGCCCCUGGACCCCGAGGCCGGGGUCCAGCUGCUGGACAACAUCAUGGCCUGGUUCAACCACAACAUCAACCCCCAGAACAGCCCCCACAGCCUGGCCCUCAUCCCCUCGCCCCCCACCACCGAGACCGAGUCCUCCCCAGACUCGCUCACCGAGCCCAGCUCGGAGAGGCUCUCCUCCAGGGGAGCCCCCCCCGCCUGGCAGCCCCUGGAGGGUGAGCCCGAGGCGGGGAGCGAUGGCCUUGGGGUCAGGGCCGGGGGCGGGGGGGGCCUGGAGGCCUUAAGGCCUGACAGGCUGGAACUGGACCUGGACCUGGACCUGGACCUGGACCUGGAGUUGGAGAACAGGGAAGCAGGCGUAGAGGGUCAGGCGGCUGUGGAGGGUCAGGGGGGCGUGGGGGGCGUAAAGGGGGCCUGCGAUGGGGACUUGCUGCCCCUGGACGAGACAGGCCCUCUCCCUUGCCCCCCCCUCAGCUGCAAAGACGAUUCUGCUCCCAAAGCUCCCGCUAGCGAGACAGACUCAGAGUUAGACCCCGCCCACCGAAUAGGGGAGGACCAAUCACCUGAGGAAUGGGAGGAGCAAGUCCAUUUAGUGUGAGAUUUUAAAUGCAUCUGAAAAACACCAAGAGAGGAGGGGUUGGGUAGAAAGGAUAUUUGGAGAGGUUAGAGAUUAUCAGAGUGACACUGACAGAGUUAGAUGUGGAAGGAGAUGGGUAGAUGGAAAAAAAUAACAGGAGUUAGUUGUUUUUAACUCAAGUGUUUCAUCUUUUUGCUAUACUGUAUGUUAAUGGAGAAGUUUUUGCGACCACUUUGUUCCUUGUCUGGGGCGCUUUGUCAGGUAACGGCGACGUCUGGAGGAGUGUGAUUCAGGCCGGCUGUAAGUGGAUGCACUUAUGCUUUGACAUCUAAAAACAAGUGUUUCAAAGUCAAUCCAAGGGUGCACCUUAUGAAAGCUACUGAUAUCAUAGUUGUUUACUGCUUCUGUCGUUUACGUUUUGAACUAUUUAUUUAAUAUUUUUAUCUGAUUGUUUGUCCUUGUUGUCAAGAGUUGCUCUAAUGGUUCUCCUCGGGCGAUGCCUGGCGCUAAUCAUGCAGGUUACCAUGGUGCCCGCAUCUUGCACCUGCAACUUGGGUAACACCCAUCCACAGCCUCCACCCCCUCUCACCCAUGACUACCACGGUACCACCCCCUUACUACUGCACCCAGCCAGCCUGUACUGACUCCCUGGUUGGCGGGGGUGGUAUUAAAACCUGCUGACGGAGCGUUACGAUACAAUCACCGCUGGGGCCGAUGCCACUAUUUAUUUUACCAGGGAUGUCCAUGGUGACCCGUGUGCCUCCUGAGGGCCGCACUCGGGACUGACCUUCAUCACAGUGUUGUCGGGGAAAAGGCGUUGUUUUAUACCCCGCACUCUACAGCCGACGGUGAAAGAGUUAGACGCACCGGCAACAGACCUUGGACGUCAAAUCGCCGGGCGUCACGGCGAUGGUAUCUAGUUUUCCUUGGAGCUACGCCCGUUGUGAUGAUGUGGUGGGAUCACUGAAGGAAUUAAACUAGCCUCUUUUUUAAUUUAUUUGAUGUUACUUUACCUGUCGGCCAGAGUACAGGAUGAGCUACACAUUGCUCCUAGAGCGGCCAUCACAAUCCAUCUUUCCAGAUCCCUCUGCUAUUUUUCCAUCAGUCAUUAUCGGAAGGAAGUUAUCGGGCAACAUGGCCAACGUUUACAGAGUGACUAAAUUAAAAUAAUUAUUGGACACUUGCACUGUUUGAAUCCAAACACUUUAAUUUAGAAGGAUUUCAAAUAUGAAUUGAAAAAGGGGCUUUUAUUUUGUGUAUGUACCUACUCCUUGACUGACGGCCAGUACAGUGUGCUAUUGAUGAAUCUAUCAACAUGAGAGGCUUUGAUUGUUUUUUGAUAUUAUUCUUAAGCUCACCAUUCCAGUUUUAUACCCCAAUGCAGAAUAAUUUUCCUUUCCUAUGAGAUCACUCUGUUCAGUCUGUGUGCCUUUUUAGUUCUAUUUAAUAUAUCUUUAAUUUAUUUUUGUUUAGACGCUGCAUUAUCUUUAUACAGAGCUCUUGAGAUAUAGGAAUUGUGACUUUUACGAUAACCGACAUAACACCUCUCUGGUGCGACUGUUGCCAUAUGUGGGAAAGGGGUUCAAGUUACUAGUGAAUGACCAGAUAUCCCUUUGUGCCCUUCGAAGUCUGGUAGACCAGAGGCAAAUGCCACAAAGCAAAGUCCACUUGCUAGCCAGCCUCUCUCGUCAAAAACACAUUCUUAACUUAAAGUAAUUCAAUAACGUAUAACUCAGAGGAUACUUUAUUCAAUCUUUCAUCCUCUGGCUGGAUUUACGCUCUCCUGUUCUGAGUUCAUUCUAAGUUCAUGUUUUUAUAUAAUGGUCUUGCUGUGUGAAGUUUCCUCUGAGUCUUUAGUUUUCCUACUGCCUGUAUCUUAAGGUAUACUACUCAACUGUACUGUUUACAAAUGGUCAAAGUUGAACACUGCCUUUAGUUGUCGAUAGGUGCUUUGAAAAACAGACUGUGUUGAUGAUAUUGGUUUGACUGUGUUGCCAAACAGAUGUGAAAUAAAUAUUAGCGACACACUACCCAGGAAUAAAUUGGGUUUUGAACGCUAGUUAUUGAAAAGUAGUGGAACUAUUGGUGUUUUAUGAAUCAAUCAUAUAUGCCUCCACUUAGUUUAGCUUUUGGUUUUAAGCUCCAUCAACCAAAAUACUGCUGCAUUGUUCUCACCUUGUUUAAAUUGAAUGGUGGCUUCAGGUAUAUCUGAGUGAAGGUGACAGUAUUUAAAUCAUCUCAAUGAGAAACCUUUUUCUUAAGGUGAGUAUUGUUUGGACAUGGAGACGCUGUACCUAGCGUGUCACUCGGUUAUAAUGCCUGAAGCUCUGCCAAAAUGAGUUCUGACUAGGACUAGAAUUGCUUUCAUGACAUUGGAACUGACUUAAGGCUAUUAUAUAAUUUGUAACUGAUUCAUCAAUAGUUUCCUUCAUCCUUGAUUUGAAUAAUCUUAUCUCAAUUUUAGUAUUGUCAAGGAAUCCUUCCUCAUCCAUGCUCUACCAACGACUGUACACACCAGUGUUGAUUGAACUUCCACAGAUUGUACCUACAUUCCCAAUCAAUCAAGAAGACCAGAGCCAAUAUUUGAUCUGUGCCCAGUAGGUCUACUGUUAAAGAAAGUUUCAGUGCAAAGAUUACUCUCAAUAAAAUAGAUCAAAAUAA